GCUGGGGAAUGAAAAGGCCUCUGUAGGGCUCAGUCUGUGGUGGAAAAUGUUCCCACAAAGGAGUGAUUGUAGGAGCGGGGGGAGCUGGCUGGGGGUCGGAGAUCUCCAGGGAGAGGGGCAGGGGCAGGGGCGCCCUCCCCACAUAGGCAGUGGUUGCCCCGCUGUGGUGCUAGGAGGUGCAGGGCGUGGACAGGGGGGCUCAACAGGGGGCGCCGUGCUGCAGGGAGCGGGCCGGGGAACUGUCCCUUCAUGGAAUGUGCUAAUCCCAGUGCCCCUCUGUCCCUCCUCCCCAUCUGCUCCCCCGUCUCCUUCCGUCCUGUCUCCUUUUCCAGGUGACUCUGGCUCCCCUUCUUUCCCGCUUCGCCCCCGUAUAGUGGUGUUUGAUGCCCUGCUGGCUGAUCUGGAGACCACGACCUCUCACAUUUCCAAGCGCCCGGUACUGCUCACGGACUCUGGGGCAGCCCACGCCAAUGGGCUGGGGCAGGAUGGGACGCCUGAGGCCAGGCCCCUACCGCCACCCUACAACCCUCAGCAGCAGGCCAUGUCUGUGGACCCUCAGCCUGUCUCUGCCCCACCUAGCGGGGGCGAUAAAGAGCAUCUCUACAGCACUGUCUGCAAGCCCCGCUCGCCCCGGCCGAAGGAGCCAGCCGCGCCACCCUUCUCCUCGUCCAGCGGGGUGCUGGGUGCCGGCCUCUGUGAGCUGGACCGGCUGCUGCAGGAGCUCAACGCCACGCAGUUCAACAUUACAGAUGAAAUCAUGUCCCAGUUCCCAACCAACAAGAGCCCUGAUGGGGAGAAGCAGAAGGAGAAGCCAGAGGAUGCUGGGGAAGGGGGGUCCCCAAGCCGCUCUGCUGGCUCCACCCCCCCUCCUGUGAAGCCAUCAGCCACAUCUGCUACCCUGGAGCUGGACAAACUCAUGGCCUCCUUGUCGGACUUCAGAGUCCAGAGCAACCUCCCGGGGGUCUCGGCUGCGCCGCCCCCAGCCCCCGCCCGAGUCUCCCUGGCGCAGCAGCCGGUGUUGUCAUCCGUCUGCCCCAGCCCCUCUGGCCCGGCCCCCGCAGCAGCGCCCGCCCCGCAGGGUGGCAACUUGGACAGCAUGCUGGUGAUGCUGCAGUCGGACCUGAGCCGCCAGGGGAUCUCCACCAGCACCAAGGGGCUGUGCGCCUCCUGCCAGAAACCCAUCGCUGGGCAGGUGGUGACGGCACUGGGCAACACCUGGCACCCCGAGCACUUCGUCUGCACCCACUGCCAGAAGGAGAUGGGGGGCAGCAACUUCUUCGAGAAGGAUGGCGCCCCCUACUGUGAGAGGGACUACUUCCAGCUUUUCUCGCCCCGCUGCGGCCUCUGCAACGAGCCCAUCCUGGAUAAAAUGGUGACAGCUCUGGACAAAAACUGGCACCCGGAGCAUUUCUGCUGUGUGAAGUGCGGGAGGCCCUUCGGGGAGGAAGGCUUCCAUGAGAAGGACGGCCAGCAGUACUGCCGCCAGGACUUCUACGAGCUCUUCUCCACCCGCUGCCAGGGCUGUGGCCAGGCCAUCCUGGAGAACUACAUCUCGGCCCUCAGCGCCCUCUGGCACCCCGAGUGCUUCGUCUGCAGGGAGUGCUACGCGCCGUUCCUGCAGGGCAGUUUCUUCGAGCACGGCGGGCGGCCCUUCUGCGAGACGCACUACCACAAGCAGCGGGGCUCGCUGUGCUGGGGCUGCGAGAAGCCCAUUGCCGGGCGCUGCAUCACCGCCAUGGCCCGCAAGUUCCACCCCGAGCACUUCGUCUGCGCCUUCUGCCUCAAGCAGCUCAACAAGGGCACCUUCAAGGAGCAGAACGACAAGCCCUACUGCCACCCCUGCUUCCUCAAGCUCUUUGGCUAAGCCACGCCCUUGUCUGGGCAGGCCCCGCCCCCAGGCCCAGCCACACCCCAUCAGGCCCCGCCCCCUGGCCCAGCCACACCCCAUCAGGCCCUGCCUCAAUACUGCCACACCCCAUCAGGCCCCGCCCCCUGGCCCAGCCACACCCCAUCAGGCCCCGCCCACACGCCACAUCAUGCCCCACUCCCACAGCCACGCUUCAGCAGGCCAUGCCCUGGGCACAUUCAUGCCCUGGCAGGGGGCACCCCAUGGCAAGGCCACUCCCCGGCAGUCCCCUUACCUGGCUUAGCCACACUCAUCGUCUCUGAGUGGGAGACGGAAAGGCCAUGGCCCCCCGCACAGCCAUGUCAAUCAUUGCCAAAGGCUGGGUAAGCCACGCCUCCCAAGCCAACCUGGGAAGCCCCGCCUCUUUCAGAGCCACACCCACAACCGGCAGGGGGCAGCACAUCUGCCAUUCCUCCCACGCUGCUGAUAGGCCUUGCCCCAUCAAGCUGCCUGGAGGCUCCGCCCCCAUGCUAAGCAGAAUUCGAACCCCAGGCCCACGAGGAUGGGCACUGGCCAUGGAUCACCUCAUCCCACAAGAAGGCGUGGCCGUGGGGGGCAGAGGGGAAGGGCCGCUGGGCUAAGGCCUGCCUUCAAUGGGGUGUGGCUCUCUGGGCUAAGCCCCGGCCCCUGGGCACAGCAAAGGGGCGGGGGGGGGGCUGGCUUAUUUUUUCCAAAACUCACCUUGAAAUGUCAUAAGAUCACAAAGUGUCUUCAGCUCUGGGGUGGGGGUGGGAAAUGGGGGGCUGUAAAAUGGGGCAGGUGGGAGAUAAUUGGGGGGAAGGGGAGAAAGGGGGUUAUUACAAGCACAAAUAAGGGAGGUAUUUUAUACUCAUGCUGAUGUGUUGCUGUUUAAACACAGUGGGGAUCACUCCAGACCAGCACCAACAAUCCUCACCUCCAACACUAUGUGGCUGUUAAACAGCCCUUGCACCCUGCCCCAGAGGUGGCUGCAUUUCAGUGCAGGGUGAGGGAUUCCUGUAUAAACAGCCCCUGUGCCCCACCCCAGAGGUGGCUGCAUUGCAGCACGAGGCAUGGGAUUCCUGUAUAAACAGCCCCCUGUGCGCCACCACAGAGACAAUGGGGUGGGGAACAGGCUGGGAGGCCUUUCCCCCCAGGGGGUGCUGGUGUGUGGAGGGGUGAUUGCCUGCUUAUGGGGACCCUACUGUGUUCCACAAUGUGUCUUGUCUUUUAUUUUGCUUUUUAUACACUCAGUUAUGCUGAAGCGUUAAGUAUUUAUUGUAAUUUUGGGCUCUUUUAAGGAGCGUUCAUGACAGCACUCUGGGCUCUGUUCCAGCUUGGAGACAGGAUCGGGAAGAGGGAAGAGCCAGAGAGCCUGGGGGGUGAGAAUAAUGGGUCCUGUGGGGGGAGAGGGAUUGUAGGCAGAGCUUUCUGGUCUGAAAGAGGACAGCGAUCAGGCUGACGAGACAGAAGAGCUCAGGGCAUGAGACCAGGGCCCUGCCCCUCUAAGGGGCGCCAGCUCGGAUCCAUCCCAAGCACUGGCUGGCUCAACCUGUGGGUGGUGGGCCACGGGCCUUUCCCUUCUGGGGGCGCUGGUCCCAGGUUACUUGCUGGGGGAGCAGGCAGGGCCCGGGUGGGCUUUCUUGCUGAGCUAGGAUUGUAUCCGGGUCACAUUUUUUUUUUCUUUUACUGUAUAAGCCCAAAAUGCUUCUUCACUCUCACUGCUGUCAGGUGCCCAGUGGGCACUGGCACGCACGGGUCAUUUCUACCCGGCGUGCGCUCACUGCUGUAUCCAUGGGUAUUACAGAAUAAAAGCCACGUUUGAAUAAAA